AUGGAUAAUUUUAAAGGUAGUGGUGGAUAUAGUAGUAGUAGUAAUAAUAAUAGAUAUAGCGCAGGAUAUAGUAGUGGAAUCAAUAGUAGUACGGGUAUAAGUGGAAGUACAGGUAUUGGUAGUAGUACCGGUAGUCUUAGUCCAGUAACACAACACUCGUCACCGUCAUUACAACCUUCACACGAUGGUCUACUGAAUGAAGAUAAGAUCACUAGAGUACUAAAUAAGAUACCUGAUCAGUAUCAUCGUACGGAUUUCGGUGCUAGAAAGGUUGCACUUGACUAUAUGAGAUCUACCAACAGAAAAGAUCUAUUGGAUCAAGUCGAGAAAUGGUUAGAUGAUCUUAAUGAGGUCACUGAUGAAGUCGUUGAUGUUUACUUUCAAGGAUUUAACAAAUCUAUUCACAACUACAGUAGAAUUCUUCAAUUUAUGGGUGAUUCACAUUCCAAUGCAUUGUCGAUGAGUAAAGAGGUGGAGGAAGUAAACAAAUUGAUCUACUUUAACAAUGCUAACAUCGGUAGACUAUGGAGAAGAAAUCUAGAGUAUUAUUAUCAAAUAAAGAUAUUGGAAAAGAUGGAGGAAUUAAAGAAAGUACCUACAUUAUUGGAUCAAUAUUUAAAGAAUAAUCAUUUUGUACAUGCAUCUAAUCUAUUGGUUAAUUCGACACAGGCAUUGAGUGAGCGAGAUCUAGUCAAUAUCAAUGCACUCUCUGACCUGAAGCAGUAUCUCAAUGAGAAGAAAGAGGCUUUCAACGAUAUGAUCGUCGAUAGAUUGAACGACCACAUCUAUCAAAAGUCACUUCAAUCAUCUGAUUCAUCUAUUGAUGAUGACGAAUUAGAUUUCAAAUCAAUGUUUAAGAAAGCAACUACAACAACAACAACAACCACUAAUAAUAAAGAUAAAGAUAAGAAUAAUGAUAAGAAUAGUAAUAGUAAUAACAAGAGUAGCAAUACAUUAAAUAAGAAUAUGGUAAUCAAUAAUAAUAAUAAUAAUAAUAAUAACAAUACGAAUUUUAGUAGUCAUAGAAAUAGAGAUAAACAAGAUGAUCAACCAUUGGAGUUGGAAGAACAAUCAAAGGCAUCCAAUUCAAUAGAGGAUCUAACUAUCAAUCCAGAAUCAAACAAUAAACUCUUUAUGAAUCUAAUGGUAGAGUCACUCAGUGUACUGCAAUACAUCGAUCCCGCUGUCGGUCUAAUUCUUGGUAAAAUAUCAAUUGAAUUGAAAUCUAUUAUUACCAAUUGUUCAUCUUUAAUUACUCAAUUGUAUCAAGCAGAAGGUAGAACAAUUGCCAAGAUACCUGGUGAAGCAACAACAGAUGAUCAUCAACAAAACUUUAUAUUCUUGAAUGAUUCAUUCAAUCGAAAUGAAUUGCUAUCUAAUAACACUCUGAAUAUACCGCUUGUCGACUUGAUGAAUGCUAUCUUUAAGAAGGUGUUGGUUGUAUUUAAGAAUCAUAUGACAUUGUCUAUCAUUGUCAAUGACUCGCUGAAGAAGCGUGAUGCCAAACGUCGUCGUGAGAGAAUAGGUGAGCAUCUUCAUUUGGACGAUUCACUCGAUGGCACCAAUAAUGGUGACAACAAUAGCACCUCAGACACCGACUCUGUCUCACUGAACGGCAGCGGUCUCAAGUCAAACGGUUACAUCUACAGCGACAGCGAUCUCUACUCACUUCCACUGGUCUGGGAGAUCAUUCAAAAAGAGAUAAGAGAGAUGCUUAGAAUACAUUUACACGAUACCUCGAGUUUGCUGAUGAGCAGUAACCUGGCAACUAGCCACAACAAUCACGACAGCAACGGUAACAACAAGUCUGCCAGUAGAUUGUUUAGUUUCUCAAAUUCCAUUAUCACUGAGAAUUGGAAUGGUAGUGCAAGUCCGUCAAUUACAUCGCCCAAUGUAAAUGGGGGUGGUGGCGGCGGUGCUGUUGGUGGUUCGCUGACUGGCGCGCUCAGUGGAAGUACCGGAAUGACACAAGGUGGAAUCAGCAUAUUCAAAGCAUCGCAAUACAAUGUCACACCGAUUUACCCAUUGAUUACAAAGUUUACCGAUCAAAUCGACUCGCUUCUCAGUGGAAAGAAAGACAGUGAUAAAGUAACGACUACCGCACAACAACUCUUUGGAUCUAGAGAUACCAACGAUACCAAUCCACCACGUGGUCUACUAAGAUUGUAUAUCGAUGAUUUCGUACACCGUAACUUCCUUCAACAUAUCAAAUCCGAUUACAAAGAGCGUAUAACAGCUGCUAUUGAAGGUCCAGAUGCAUUCAAACCAUUAGAGAGAUAUAGAUUAGUCUAUAGAUUAAGAGAUACUAAACCUGUAUUAAAUAGUACAUUACAAAUAUUCCAAUUUAUAACAGAGUUAUUCUCUGAUAUCGCAGCGAUGAAUCACUACUCUGAGGAAUUCGGUGCAAUCAUUCAAACUUCGCUACUUAGAUACUAUGAAAAGUGUUUGUCGAAAUUCAACCAAGAGGUAGAACCAACUGUAACCGGUGCGUUGUUGAAUACCGAUCUCUACAAGCAUGUUUUGCACUCGUUGGAUUCAAAGAGACACGAUGUCGCUGACUUUAAGGAUACUCGUGAGGAGGAAUACGAGUUCAAGACUGAAGCCGAUCUCUUUUCAGUGCCAGAGAAGCCAAUAUUUAAGAACCAACUGAUAUUGGACUUGGAAAAGUUAACAAUGAUUGCCAAUCUCUAUCACAGUCUUGAAUGGCUAUCACACAAAGUAAACAGCUUAUUCUCAUUGUCCAAUCAACCACCUGCAUCAUCCUCUACAUCAUCCUCCGUACCAGAAACACCUUCCAAAUCUAAACCACUCAAAACACCCAAAGCCUUGAAUCAAAAGAAUCAAAUUACACCUGAAUUAACAGAGGUUUUGAAAUCAAUGGAGAUAUCAAUUAAAGAUAUCACGAUGAGAUUCAGAGAGUUGGCCAAACGUUGUUUGAUUACCUUGAGAAUAGAAUAUAGAAUACAUUGUUUCUAUUUCUUUGAAGGUUUCAAAAAAGCAUCGUAUGUGGUCGAAGAGGAGAGAACCGACCCCGAUCAGUUCAUUGUCGAACUCAAUAAGGAUCUCUCGCUGAAUGAAGAGACAAUGUCGACCUAUCUCACAAGCGAUAAGUGUCAGUUCUUGUUUGGUGGUAUUGCCAAGUUGAUUGGAAAGCUCCUGAUCAACAAGAUGGUUCAUAUCAAACAGAUCAACAGUAACGGUGUCGCCAAGCUCUGUAAGAACGUCUAUACUCUCCAACAGAACCUCACCAACAUUAUUGUGAAGCGUGAGAUAUUCUUUGAUCGUAUCAGACAGUUCUAUCAGUCACUCUCGAACGAAGAUGAAAUUCUUCAAUACCUGCUCGACAAGAUGGUUACACCAUACUUCUCGCUGGAGGAAGCAAGAAUCAUCCUUGACUUUUUACAAGUUACCAAGAGAAUUUCAUCCAACGCUUUGCAAACACUCGACGCAAAGUACAAAAACAUGUUCUCAAGUUCAGAUGAUAUUGAAAGUUUAGAUGAUUCUACAACCUUUAGUAAUUCAGAUUCACUAGAUAGCGAUAGUUUCUCUACUGAUUCUACUGUACCAGAAGAUGAUAAUAAAUUAUUUAUUGAUUUUAAAAAUGGAAACGAUAAUUGGUCUGGAAAUAUGACACAUCCAUUAAAAGAAUUUUGGAGAGGAUAUGAAAUUGCUAUUGAUAGAAAAAAGAGUUCUAUAUAUUUAGCCAAAGGUGAAUAUAAAUGUAAAACCAUUCAACUGGUUAGUGGAAUAUCUAUUUAUGGAGGAUACAAUGGUGCUCCAGAAUGGACAAGACCAAUAAUGAAACAACCAUACCAAUCGAAAACAAAAAUUUCAACUGUUGAUAAAUUGGUUUUCAAUGCAACCAACAUCACAGAGGAAACUAUUCUUUCACAUUUAACUAUAGUUGCUCCUAAUGGUUCACAAGGUUCAUCAUCUUAUGGCAUGAUAAUAAGUAAGUCAAAGAAUAUAUACUUAAAGUUUAUGAGUAUAUUAACUGGAGAUGGUGAUACACCGAAGCAACAAACUUCCUGGGUGAGAAACAAUAUUUUCAAUGGAAGAGAUGGUAACGAUGGUGGUAAAUCGUGUGGAAUUAAUAUGGAUAACGAGUGUGAAUCAUGUAGACAGCCAAAGAUAGGAUUGGGCGGACGUACUAUGUGUUCGGAUGGUGUGGUUACACAGGGUGGUGAUGGUGGUGCUCCUGGAUAUGGAAAUAAAUAUGGACUCGAUGGAACUCCUUCCAACAUGACUGGUGGAGGAAUGGGUGGAAAAGGAACCCAGCCUGGAAUUGGAAUUAUGGUUGUCAUGGGUACUGCCAAAGGUUUGGACGGUGAGGAUGGAGAUAACGGUGUUAGUGCGAUUCCCAAGAAAUACUAUUACGAUCAACUUGGUGUACAUGGAUACAUCUCCAAUGGAAAGAUUGGAAAGCAUGGUGGAGGAGGUGGAGGUGGUGGUGGAGGAGGAGGUGGCUUUGGAGAGUGUUCGGAAUAUGGUGGUGCUGGUGGCGGUGGUGGAGCCGGUGGUUGUGGUGGCAGAGGUGGUAAAGGAGGAAUUAGCGGUGGUCACUCAAUUGGUAUCUACAUUUUGGACUCUGACGUCAAAAUGGAAUACAGCUAUAUAAAAACCAGAAAAGGUGGUGAUGGUGGAAACCCAUCGAUACCAGAGUUUGGUUAUAAAGCUGGAAAGGGUGGUGAUGGUAGCUAUGUGAAAGGUGGAUCGGAAUUUGUUAAUGCCUCUAACAGUGGUGAAGGCGGUAACGGUGGAAAUGGUGGAAAUGGUGGAGAAGGUGCACCAGGAAACGGUGGUUUCUCUGUACCUGUGUUGUACUAUGGUGUCGAAGUACCGUCUCUUCUCUGCAAUAUUUUCGAAAAAGAUAGUGCUGGUUCGCCUGGAAAAGGAAAGGUAUCUGCAUACUCUGGUGUUUCGUCCUACUGUUUCAAUGCAAGAGAGUCAAAGGAUUUCAACUGUGACUUUACUUAUAAUACUACAUUCUGUGAUAAAUUGCUCGUGGGAAAGACCUGUGAAUUUGGAGAGAUUCCUGAUGAGUGUGGAGUGUGCAAUGGAGAUGGAGGCAGUUGCAAUGGAUGUGAUGGCAUUCCAAACUCUGGAAAAGUAUUAGAUAAAUGUGGUGUGUGUGGAGGUAAUGACUCAUGUGUUGGAUGCGAUGGAAUACCAAACUCUGGCUCAAUCUUUGAUAAAUGUGGAGUGUGUAAUGGUAACAAUUCUUGUGUUGGAUGUGAUGGCAUUCCCAACUCUGGAAUGAAAUACGAUCUCUGUGGAGUGUGUGGUGGUAAAAGCAAUACUUGUAAAAUUGGAUGCGAUGGUAUUCCUUACUCUGGAAAGGUGAUCGAUGGCUGUGGUGUUUGUGGAGGUGACAAUAGCACCUGUAGUUUGGGUUGUGACGGUAUUCCAUUCUCUGGCAAAGUCGUUGAUCGUUGUGGUGUUUGUGGAGGUGCCAAUCUAUGUGUUGGAUGCGAUGGAAUACCAAACUCUGGAAAGGUGAGAGACAAGUGUGGAGUAUGUGAUGGUAAGGACGAUUGUGUUGGAUGCGACGGUGUUAUCAACUCUGGAUUGGCGAUGGAUGAAUGCGGAGUAUGUGGUGGAACCAAUAGCACCUGUUUAUCAGGCUGCGAUAACCAGCCAAAUUCACUGCUGGAAUUAGACGAGUGUGGAGUGUGUGGUGGAAACAACAGCACUUGUCUAUCGGGUUGCGACAUGAAACCAAACUCGGAAGCAAAAAUCGAUGGCUGUGGAGUGUGCGGUGGAAACAACAGCAGCUGCUUGAUUGGCUGUGACGGUGUGAAAUAUUCAUAUAAGCAAUUCGAUGACUGUGGAGUGUGUGGUGGUAACGGAUCGACGUGCCACAAGCGCAAAGAGGGUCUGAGCGCCAUCACCAAGGUAGUGGUGAGUGUGGUAGUCGUCGCACUCUCACUGUAUGGCGCGGCAUUUGCCUUUAUAGUGCUGCGCCGUCGCUUCAAGAAGCAAGGAUCGCAAUACUACCGAACCAAGUUGAUUCUCGAAUAUCAAGACACUCCAUUCAUCCAGGCGGAACUCAUUAAGAACGACCACCAGAGAAAUAUGCCAACCGGAAGAAGACCGAUUCUGACAGGACUAGGAAUUCGAAGAGACUACCGACACCUUCCUGAAGAGAUCCCAAUGAGCGAAAUGAGCUCAAUAUCGCCACUCUCUUCGAAUUCCGCUGAAGUUUUCACAUACCCUGGAAACAACAGUCUCAGAAACAGUAUCAAUCUGAACAACAAUUACUACAUAGAAAACUCUAGUAAUAAUAACUACAACAACAAUGGUGGCGGUGGUUAUGAAGCCAUUAAAAAUAUAGAAAAUAAUUAA